CACAUGAUCUGUGAUUGUCGCCCUGCACUGGCCUCAUUGUGUCGCGAGGCAGGACGGAAAGCCCAGUAUCGUCUGCCUCUGUCUGUUCUAGACAUGCGCAGAAGCCUGUAACAUGAUGCCGAGUGAGAGAGGUGGUGCCACCAGGCCUGAUAACUAUAGAACAAGCCUGGAAGAGAAAUGUAUUGAUCAUUUGGCGGGCCGUUACGUCUUGCUGAGCGAGUUCAUGUAACCACAGGCAACACAGGUCUUCACGGAAGCAAACGGCCCUAGGUGGUAUGUAGCAGACGAUACUCGAUCCUGUGGAAUAUGCUUACGAUAAUAGUUCAAUUAUCUCAAGGAAUGUGAUGGCGAGCAACUUCAAAGUAUUCUUGGCGUUCACCAAGCAGCCGAAGGAUGAACCGGUGUACCAGAAACAGGACGGGCAGAGGUUUUCAGUCUGCAACACUAUAAAACUAAACGUCAACUCAACCUACACAGUGAGCGUCGUGAUCCGCCCCCAGCGUACUUUAUUGCGACUGCAGAUCGAGGGUGAACGUCUGGAGUUGAACCAGGUAAAGCCAGAACGAGACGAUGACGACAGUUGCAAGUACCAGGCCAGUUGGGUCACUGUCGGCUUCGAACAGAACAAGAGCGGCAAGAGGAAGGAGCUUCCGGUCGUGCUGGAGAUGUCGAACGGUGUGACCAUGAAGGUGGCGCUGCAAUGUAAGUUCUACCCUGAGGGAGAAACACAACACUGCCAUUGGGGACAACCCCUUCACAACAUCGAGUACGAAUGCAACGUGCCAGACGGCUGUACCUUUGUUGACAUCACGAGGACUAAACUACUUUGACGUGAUAAGCAGUAGAAUUCUAGUCAAAAAUAGAGCUUUCCCCUGAAUCUCAACAAGCCUUAUAUGUUACAAUUAGAAACAAAACCCUGAGCAUAGAGAUCCCGAACCCUGGUGUUUGAGGGGAGGGUGGGGCUUCAGAGGUGCCUGUUAGUGCUAUUUAAUGUCUACACAUUCCACCAUGGGGUCGUGCCUGGUUGUGCUCGGAAUCGCUACAGACGUUGUGAAGGAACCUUCUGAACAUUUAGUUGUGUUCUUGCUGGGACUUCCGUUACUUGAUUUACAGCCACCACGAUCAUUUAUCCGGCAUUAGGGUUGCAAGAAUCAAACUGCAGUGGGACAGAUUCGCUGUAAUCCUCUGUUUCUGUACAAUAUUUGGAAACCAAUCUGUCAUUAUCCUGAAAAAUGAACCGAUCAGGGUCCCGAUCCGCAAUGUUUUCGUAGCGCAACGACAUUCGUAAGCUUAUGGUAAACUAUAGAGUUACAACCGUUCGUAACUUCAGUUUGUGGAUCAGGACCCUGAACUCCACAUCUUCAGGAGUACUCUUACUUUCAUUUUGACCAUGAUCUUAGUGUGUUGAAAAUCCGUAUUUCAAACAACGAUAAAGCUGCAAUACAUUGUCUGCUUUAGGUAAAUCGGAAAAUAUUGUCUCGUUGCUUUACAAUAUGAUAUCAUUCGUUGGUAUCCAAUGUGUGGUGUGAAUCUGUUACACUAAGUCUUGUCUUCACGUCCACGUGGGGGAUAUUACCUUCGGAAACAGCACAGCAUUUUGUAUAGGUGUGAAGGGCAAUUGUUCACCAAACUGGCUUCCACACGUGACACCCCAAUUAUCGUUAUGUCGUCACCGUUUAGAAUGACGUAAACAUCCAAUGACAUCUCAAUCCUUUGUGGCUGAAGCUGGUUCGUUUUACAUUUUACACACAAGGCACCUGUUGUAACUGUUUACAAAUGAAGGGAUCAAAGAAUGAUUUUGGAUGAUAAACAGGAUCUUACUUCCGUGUCUUUUGGUAUCCAGUACAUCAACACUUUUUGAUAAACAGCCACCGUCGGAGUUUUAAACUUUUAUCGAUUGGUGUUGGCGUAUUUUUAUUAACUCAAAAGACACUAGGUGAGAUUAUCGAUGUAUUCUUGGAACUAGAACUGUUCUAACAACAACUGAAUCAAGUCAUUUUCUUUCAUUUCUUAUAUUCGGGAUGGUUAACCAGGUUGUUUCGGUUCAUUCGUUAUCGUUCAUCUCUUUCCUCAACGUACCGAGUCUCCGUUUGGCUUCUCACGGAAUGACACGGAUGUUCACGAAUGAUAUCGUUUAAGAAGUGCAAUAUUUCACGUGACGAUUCUCCAGUCUUAUUAUACCUAUUAACAAUGUUGAACAAUCUUCAUAACAAUGUUCAUAUAUGUGUUUACAUGUGUGUGAUAAAACACUCAUUACAUUAAGAGUACACUUAAUAUAUAUGUUUUCUACAAUCUCAUCUUUCUUCUUUCAAACAUUAUUAUUAUUAAUUGUUAUUAUUAUUCAGGCUACAGGAAAGGAAAAAACCCGGAUAAUGUGUAGGUAUGUAAUGAAAAGAACCUUACUAUUUUCACUGUGGUUUACAAGCGUAUAUACACCAUCCUGGGCGUAAAUGUAUCUGCUGGUCCAUGUUUCAGGUUAUAUAUUUUAUAUCUUAAUCAGACUGGUAAACCUGGACUACUGUUUGGAUCGCUCGAUUAUAAAUCUGACAAACAUUCAAAGGUUGUGGUGUUGUGUACAGUGAUGGGCUUCCGUCAUGUUACGCACGGUUCCCAGCUAAGGAUAUCUAUGCAUCGAUUAUUACUCGAUAUUUGUCAGGCAUAUGUGAACUGUGAGG